AUGUUGUUGAAAGAAUUCAGAUACAUUCCAAUCCAACCAUAUGACAGAGCUGGUUUGUGUACGAGUAAUGUAGUUUCAGUGAUUGUUGGACCUGAGCUGGCUUCAACACUUGUUAUUUUUAUCUCAAAGGUUCAUUUGAGCAACUCUUGUGUGUCAAAAAGUGAUGGGAAUGGAGACAAGUUAAGCAUUGUUGCUUCAACCAUGGCUCCAAGUUUGAGUUCUACUGGUUCCACAACUACAAUGUGCUGGUGCUCGGGAUUACAAUGGGAAUCCUUUCUGAACUGCUGCAGUGGCAACACUCACAAUGAUAUGUUACUUGCCAAACUUGAGACUGUCAAUACUAGUUCUGGUGAACCUGGUUCUUCAGUGUUUGUUUUCAACACGGAUCCGGGACUUCCUGUGUGGUCAGAGUGGUUAGUUUUUAAUAGAGUCAAUGCUCGUGCUAGAAAAGGAUUGGUAUUAGGUCCUAUGCGACUUCUCCUAAGGUACAUUCUCUAUCUUUUAUGA